AAGGUGCAGAGACAUGGAGUGGAUGGGCAACAAGACAGGUCGACAAAUAGCAAGACCAUCAGAAUGACAGCUUUAAAACACCUUCAACUAAGCCGCACCCUAGCAGGGAAACUGGAUUUCUUGCAAUAUGUUGAAUCUAAAUGUUGUCUCAAAGCAACUUAUCUAUCGAAACAUGAAAAAAAAAAAAACCAACAUCCAGCUCACUCUAUCCCUUCCUGGUAUUUUUUUCAUUAAUUUGAUUGGCACGCUACACAGAGCGGAUGGGAGUCAGGGUUUGUAGUUGCUGUGGCAACUGGCCUGCUCUUUGUUGAGGGCUACAUUCCUGGCAUCUGAUGUGUCUGCGCUGCGAUCGAUAAAACACCCCCAGCCUGCGGGGACUGAUGAACGGACCGAGGCUUUCGCCAGGCCGAGCAGGAGAAUUGGGUGGAGAGAGGGAGUCAGGUGGAGGAUGCGCGAGCCGGAGGAUGCCGAGAUUAAAGGGAGGACGGGGGGGAGAUGUGUGCGGCGCGGCUGACGAGCCGGGCGGAGAGGAGGGCUCRUUCGUGAUGUUGUCGUGUUUGGGAAAGAAGCCGUGCCGUGACAGAGGGCAUCGUGGGUAAAAGAGACAUGCACCAGCCAGCCCCGCACCACCRCCACCUCUUCCUGGGCGGGGCCUUGCUGCUUCUCCUCGCCAGCUCGGCUCUGAGCUGCCCCGCCCGAUGCGAGUGCUCUCCCCAGACCAAGUCCGUCAGUUGCCACCGCAAGCGCCUGCCCAGCAUCCCCGAAGGCGUCCCCAUCGAGACCCGCUCCCUGGACCUGAGCAAGAACAAGCUGCGCAUCAUCACGCCGGACAACUUCUCCUCCUUCCUCCAGCUGGAAGACCUGGACCUCAGCGACAACCUCAUCAGCGUGGUGGAACCCGGCUCGUUCCGCUCCCAGCUGGCUCUGCGCUCGCUCAACUUCCGCAGUAACCUGCUUCAGCUGGUUCCUGCCGGGGUUCUGUCGGGUCUGACCAACCUGACCCACAUCGAUCUCAGCCACAACCGGCUCGUGGUUCUUCUGGACCAUGCGUUCCAGGACCUGCGCAGGCUGAUGUCCCUGGAGGUGGGCGACAAUGAGCUGGUGUUCAUCUCUCAGCGGGCGUUCACUGGAUUACUGGGACUUCAGAGUCUGACACUGGAACGCUCCAAUUUGACCGUGAUCCCCACCGAUGCGUUGGCACAUCUGCACAAUCUGUUGGAACUACACUUGCGACACCUAAGCAUUAGUUUUCUCAAACCUUUCUCCUUUAAGAGGUUAACUCGUCUCCGCCAUUUAGAGAUUGACUUCUGGCCCUGGCUGGAAGCCCUGCCUCCCCUGUCACUGCACGGCCUGAACCUCACAACAUUGUUCAUCACCAACACCAACCUUUCGGCCCUCCCUGGCGCAGCGUUGCGUAACCUGCCCUACCUCACCCACCUUAACCUGUCGUAUAGCCGAAUCGAGCACAUCCACCACGGAGAGCUCGGCCAGCUCCCACACCUGCUGGAGCUUCGCCUUCAAGGGGCUCAUCUGGCUUCUAUAGAGCCCUUUGCCUUUUUGGGCCUUAAAUCUCUUCAGCUACUAGAUGUGUCUCAGAAUCGCCUGGACUCUCUCCAGCGGGGGGUGUUCGCCUCGCCGGAAUCGCUGCAAAGGCUUUGCCUGGGUGGAAACCCAUUGGUGUGCGACUGCAGAUUACUGUGGCUCCUCAACAGCCACAAGCCGCCUGCUCUGCAGAUUUUGGACGCCCAGCCUGAAUGCAGCGCGCCCGAGUACCUCCUGGGGAAAACGCUGCGUGACCUUAAGGAGCCCCUGGUCUCCAGGUACAUGAUCUGCACCAAACCGCGGAUCGGGCCGAACACAACCCAGCUGCUGAUGGCGGACGAGGGUCAGCCGGCCCGUCUGAGCUGCACGGCGGAGGGAGCGCCGCGACCCUCCGUGGUCUGGAUUACGCCUCACAGACGCUACAUCACAACUAAAAGCAGCGGCAGGGUGGAAGUCCAAGCAGACGGCACCCUGGAAAUUAAGGCGGCAGAGCUGCAUGACAGCGGGGUGUACUUGUGCAUCGCCAGUAACCCCGCUGGUAACGCCAGCCUGUCGGCAUCUCUAGCUGUGAAAAGCCUCGGAACCGGGGACAGAUUUCACUAUAGCAACAGGAGCUUAAACUACCUGACAGACUCUAACAGCACAUGGGGGAAUGGAACAGUAUUGUACAACAUGACUCUCCCUAUUGACAUAAAGACGAUCAUUAUAUCCACAGCGAUGGGCUGCCUUUCCUUCUUAGGCGUGGUCGUGUUCUGCUUCCUGCUUCUGUUCGCCUGGAGCCGGGGAAAAGGGCGCCACAAGAACAACUUUGACAUCGAGUACGUACCCCGAAAGUCCAAUGGGGCCGCUACAGACGUGGCGGAAACAAGCGGCCCGCGGCGAGUUAACAUGAAAAUGAUUUAAAACGGAGACACACAACAGAAGCAUUUACAAAGUGCACACAUAUCAGCUGAAGAAAAAAAAGCUGUUUUUGUUUUUUUUAUGACUUAAGUGGAUUUGUGACAAACGAAAGUGGUGUAUUACUGUAGUGGGUGACGAUAUGACGUUGGUCUAGUGAUAAAGUGGACUUGUGAAUAUAAAAGUGAUCUAUGAAACGUGUUUAUAAGAAACCAUGUCCUCAUACAGUACAGUACACUGAAUAUACAACUAUAACCCAACAUAUCAAUAUGGGACUGAAAUAGUGUUGCACUUGGCGUGUGUUUUCAGUGAAAUCAUCGACUCUCCGGGACGUCGAGGUGAAGGAGGCAGUCAUCCCCGCGACACGUCAGGACUAAACUGUCUAAUUCCCAUUUUAGCUGCAGUGUGAAAGGUGUGUGUUGUGUUCGAGCGUGGACGUGGGCGCUGGGCACGUGUUGCAUUUGUGUGUGUGUGUGUUUUUUGUGCAUGUGCACGUAUUGCCUUUCUUGUGGGUUGGAACGGUUCACGACGGGGUGGGCGGGGUCCAAGACGGUUUUUCUGUUGUUGUUUUUUUUUUUAAGCUUUUUGUUUGUGUUUGGUUAUUGUAACUGCAGUAAAGCCCCUGUUGAUUAAAACAGAGGAUUAUCUGUGUUUGUAUGCAAAGUCACAGUUAGUAUCUCCUAAAGAAAUGCUGCAUUUGAAGUGUUGUCCCCGUUUUGAUGACUUGAACACUGGAUGGGGAUUUUUUUAAUAUAUAAACUGAGGUUUUGUGUCACUUUUCGGCAAAACAAGAUGCUUUGUUCCCAACAAACAACGGUGGCCAAUAGUGUUAUUCCAACCAUAAAAAGAGCAUGUAAAAGCCGUUUUAUAACAUAAUAAAUCAUGGGCAGAUUUUCCUGCCAGACAAAUCCCUCGAUAUGAUAUAAAAGAGUCUGUAGCCAGAGACAAUGGCAAAGAUUUACUGGCUGGCAUCCUCUUUGGACGAGACAAAGUUGAGCUUUACAGAUUUAUGUGCUGAAUCCCCCCUCCUUUCUCAUUUUUCUUUGAUCGAACCACUUAAGGUUAGCACGUCCGGGUUUCUCCCCCAAGGGGGUGACAAGGUAGCUCUGGCUAUCUUUGAGUUUGUGGUGGGUUCUUCUUUCUUGUUUUGUUUUUGUUUGCUUUUUUUUUUUUGUCGUUUUUAAAUGUUUAGAUGAAAAAAAAUAGAAAAUCAAUUAAGGGCAACUCUUUGUAAUGCAGGGAUGUGGGUGUUAAAUUUGUGUGAUCCUGUUGUGAUAAAUUGUUGAAGGUUCUAUAGUUGUUUUCAUACGUAUGACAAAUUUAUGGGUAUAUUUUCAAAAAGAAAUAAAUCUUAAUCAUACCCCUAA